GCGAUGGAAAAUACACUGUUUAUCGUGACCACACUAGCGGUGUUCGUUGCCCAAACGACGGAUGCACAAAGGCAUCCUUUCCCGGCCAACUGCACGUGCAGAUACAACCGACUACCAUCUAGCUGCGGCAGGAUCGAUCCUGAUAACUAUCCUGCCCAUAAUGACGUAUUCCCUACCAAUGAUUGCCUUCCUAACGUCCCAGCCAAUUACAGAGUGUGUUAUCUAACAGAUGUAAGAGAUUGCACGGAUGCUGACGACAAUCUGUACUACGGAUGCUACCUCCGUGUGGGCGGCCAGAGAGUAGGAUACAAGCUAGCCCCUCUGCCAAUGACUGGAGGCGAGAACAAUGAGAGCCGACAAGUCUUCUUCGACUCCGUCCACAGUAUGACCGCUACCAACGCGGUCUGUUUCUACAACGUAUCCGUGACAGACACGAGCACGCGUAACUGCUCGGGCGUCGUUCUGGAGAGCGCUUACGCAGUCGGAAGCGGUAGUGAUUCCGCGGACGAAUCGUCGGAGGAUCGCGCUCCGUGCAAGAGUUACGUGAGGGUUUAUUACAGCACGGAGUAUAGUGGACAGCAGGAAAGACUCGUCUGUCUGAGGGACUUGCCUGGGUUCUACACCUCCGUUCCCGGCGCCACUUCCCUCUUUAUCGUUUAUUGGACCAAUAACGACGUUAACAAUAGGGGCACCUCGUUUAGCAUGCGAGUACGCUGCAUAGAAGACUGAUCACAUUAUCAUCAUCAAUUUUUAUCGCCUAU